AUGGUUGUUAAUUUCAGGGAUGACGCGCUGGCAGCAAUCGCUAAUGUACCGAAGUUGACCCGUUUGCUCAAUCCAGACAUAUCAUCAAUGGAGCACCAAUACGAUGCCUGUGUCAUUUUGCACAAACUUGCUGACCGAGAGGCUUCCAGAAAUAGCUUAGCCAGCUAUUCCGAGUUAACACAAUCCCUGGUUCGUCUGCUCCAAACAACACAGGAUAUCAAUACGCAGACGGAGGCAUCACUUGCUUUGCGCAAAUUGUGCUACGCUCGUCCAGCAGCUUCCGCUGUUCGUGCAUCUCUUUCUGUCGCAAAUCUAGUCCAGCUACUCAACCAUCCCACCGAGACGAUACUGCUCACAGCCCUCUCAAUCCUCCACAAGCAGAUGCUCUUUUUUCCUGAGGAAGUACGACCAGAAGUUCGCCAGUGUGGUGGACCAAUUCAACUGGCAAGCCUCCUCACUCCAGACAAAAUAUCUGAUCCCUCCUGGUUAGCUAUCUGCACCGACGCCAUCAGAAUGACGGCCUACGAGGAUGUUGAAACUAAACUAAUUCUCCUUGACUGCGACAUUUGCGAGAAAAUCGUCUACCUCCUGCAGAUAUUCAACGACAAGUACAAACUCCAACAUGCCUUGGCGCGGCUUGUCAAAGUUCUCAGUGUCUCAUCCGAGUGCAAACGUGGAUUCGUGGAGGCGGGCGCUGUUCAGGUGCUGACGCAACACCUCACGUCGACGCACAAUUCUCUUGUACUCGAGACACUGUGGGGAUUGCGCAACAUGAGUGAUCACGCAUUCCAUCUGACGGACACGAAAGAACUGCUGAACCUCCUAGUGCCUCUAGUUUCCUCACCCGUGGAGAACAUUGCGAUCUGCACUGUUGGAUGCUUGUGCAAUUUAACCUGCCAAAACGCCGUCAAUAAGGCCACUCUGAUUGAACUUGAUGGCGUACCCGCGCUGUGUGGAUGUCUGGUAAGCUUUCUAUCACGUGAUGAAGUAACUGAGCCCGUGUGCUCGGCUCUGCGAAAUCUCACCCACCAAAACGAUCACGCCGCUCUCGCCGUUCAGCAGAUUCACGAAUGUGGAGUUCUUGAGCAGAUUGUCUCUCUUCUUCACCUCCAAAGCUUCCCCUCUCAGCUGCCACUCGUCAAAGCAGUCGCCGGACUUGUUCGAAAUAUUGCACUCAGCAGAAAAUGCCGCAGAGAUCUGCACCAAUUAGGAGCGACUGGCCAGCUUCUGAGUCUUUUUCAACGCGCCACUGAAGUCUACGAGGAGGCUACUAGGCAGCGAUCUUCUAUUCUCUCCGACGCCUCGGAAUUGAGCUACAUUGAGGGUGUAAGGGUGGAGGACCUUCUUGAGAUCCUAUUGGCUGCUUUGCACUCGAUGGCCAAGCACUCAUUGGCUCGCGUCCAAAUUGUCCAGGCAUCCGGGGGCACAUUUGGCUGUAUAGUUCAUUACCUCUACAGCAGUUCGGAGUUCCUUCAACGCGCCGCCCUGGGGCUACUAAACGAGGUGUCCGUAUCGUCUGAGGGAAGUCGUGCCAUUGAGAAAGAAGGCGCUAUUCCACGCAUCACCGACCUUGUCCACUCCGAAAACCCCAAAACAGCGACCUACAGUGCGUCAAUCCUACAUCGAGUUGCCGUAAUGCUGAAACCGCCUGAAUAUCAGCGACGUCUCUCCAAGGAACUCCGUCAAUCCCUCCUGGACUCCGGGGUCCUACGUGAGGAAGCCGAAGCGGAGGAAGAAAACGAGGAGGCAGUGCAGAUUCCACCGACUCCGCCUCGUCUACCAGACGUGCCUCGUGAACCCCUGCCCCAUCCAGCCUCUCGUAGUACCCUGCUUGAAAUCGAUAAUUCAGUGUCGCCACGUUUGAAUAAUCACGUCUGGCGGUCGUCUGAGGAAUUGCGCGUACUGCUUGAGGGUCGCGAAGCCCCCCAAAUGAUCUGA